AUUUCACGCGCAGCGGAUUGAUUUGGGUGGCAAGGUCUGUAAUAUAUAAGAAACGCAUCAAACCAGGUGAUCCAUUAUAUCCAGAAAGUGAGUUGUACUCUCUACAUCAUCUUAAAGUGGUCCUGGAGAUGUAUACUUUAAAAGUAUAUUUACUUGUAUUUCUGAUUCGAUGUUCCGCUACGUCGUCAGUUUCAGAUUCCGACAUUUUCAAGAAGGAAUAUCUAAACCCAAGGAGUGUGGAUCACAGAAAGUCUUCAGGACGGUGGUACGAGCAAAUGGACACGUUAAAUGACGUCACCAGAGACAACACUUUUGUAGAUUUUAUGGUUCCUUGUGGUGAACGAAUUAGAUCAGUGUAUAUAAUUCAUCGUUGGAUUUUGUCAGUAGAAGAGUGUCAUACCAAAGCAAUAGCAUUUCAACCCCAGACAUCUGAUUCACCCGAGGGAGCUCUCAUCCUAAUGUCCACCAAUGAUACCGUGGGAAAGCUGACGUUUCGAUACUUCGAUCCUCACCCCACUGAGGGGAUUCUCGUCAUACACCGACAAACACUCCAUCUGCCGGAUAGCUACUUCGUCUUAUGUCGACAGAAGGAUCCCAGUAACCUCGACAAAGCCAUCAAGCAAGCUCUACGGGCUCUUCAUCUGGAUACUGGGGACUUCUAUAACAAAUCAAAGGACUUCGGUUGUGAAAGAAGAGAAGAAAAUGGAAUUAAGCUGUAAAUAGCAAAUUAAAUUUAGCUUCAGUCUACAUUUCAAAGCACAAA